CGGAGGAGGCUUUAAAAAACAACAGGCCCCCCCCCCGCCGCCACACAAGACAAUAAUUGAAUUUAUUAUUAUUGCCGCCUCGCCGACUUGGGGAAGGGGGAUCGAUCUUCGAUCAGGAAGAUGGCUGCUGGCUGGCUGCUAGUCUUUAGCCUGACACUUUUCCAGUCCCUGGUGAUGAACCACUCCUCGGAGGGACCUUUCCCUUCUGCCACCACGAUAAAAUCAUGGGUAGAUAAGAUGCAAGAAGAUCUUGUAACAUUAGCACGAACUGCAAGCGGAGUGGACCAGCUUGCUGCGAUUUAUUUGAAAAACAGAGAUUUGUAUACUGUAGAAGCCAACAACCCUCGUCAGCUAGUGGAAAUUGCAGCCAGAGACAUUGAAAAACUUCUGAGUAACAGGUCUAAAGCCUUGGUGCGCCUCGCUAAAGAAGCAGAGAAGUACCAAGCAUCACAUCAGUGGAGGGAUGAGUUUGGGAAUAAUGAUAUAAUCUAUUACAAUGCAAAAGAUGAUCAGAAUGAUCCUGAAAAGAAUGACACUGAAUCUGGCAGCCAGAGAAUCAGACCAGUAUUUGAAGAAGAUCCCGUUUUCCGACGGCAAACGUCUUACCAACAUGCAGCAGUCCACAUACCAACAGAUAUUUAUGAAGGCUCAACGAUAGUGUUAAAUGAACUUAACUGGACUGCAGCGUUGGAUGAUGUAUUCAAGCGGAACAGAGAAGAAGACCCCACUUUAUUAUGGCAGGUUUUUGGUAGUGCAACUGGCCUCGCGAGGUAUUACCCAGCUUCCCCAUGGGUAGAUAAAAGUCGAACUCCAAACAAGAUAGAUCUGUAUGACGUUCGCAGAAGACCAUGGUAUAUCCAAGGAGCUGCAUCUCCCAAAGACAUGCUUAUUUUAGUUGAUGCGAGCGGGAGUGUCAGUGGAUUGACAUUGAAACUAAUACGCACCUCCGUCAUUGAAAUGUUAGAGACCUUGUCUGAUGAUGACUUUGUGAAUGUAGUGUCAUUUAACAAUAAUGCUCAGAACGUCAGUUGCUUUAAUCAUCUUGUCCAAGCUAAUGUGAGGAACAAGAAGAAGCUGAAAGAAGCUGUCUAUAAAAUCUCUGCUAAAGGAAUUACAGAUUACAAAAAAGGCUUUAGCUAUGCUUUUGAACAGCUGCUAAAUCACAGUGUCUCUAGAGCUAACUGCAAUAAGAUUAUUAUGUUGUUUACGGAUGGUGGUGAAGAAAGAGCACAAGAAAUUUUCCAUAAAUAUAACGAAGACAAAAAAGUACGUGUGUUCACAUUUUCUGUUGGUCAACAUAAUUAUGACAAAGGACCCAUACAGUGGAUGGCCUGCGAAAAUAAAGGUUAUUACUAUGAAAUUCCGUCCAUUGGAGCCAUAAGAAUUAACACCCAGGAAUAUCUGGAUGUUUUGGGAAGACCAAUGGUUUUAGCUGGAGAAAAAGCCAAACAAGUCCAAUGGACAAAUGUCUAUCUGGAUGCUCUGGAGCUGGGCCUUGUGAUUACAGGAACUCUACCUGUCUUCAAUCUAACAAAGGAACAAAAUGGGAAAAUAAAUCAGCUGAUUCUUGGAGUAAUGGGGGUUGAUGUCUCUUUGGAGGACAUAAAAAAACUGACACCCCGAUUUACGCUUUGUCCAAAUGGAUACUAUUUUGCAAUUGAUCCUAAUGGGUAUGUGCUACUUCAUCCAAAUCUCCAACCAAAGCAAAUUGGUGUGGGCAUACCAAAAGUUAAAUUGAGAAAAAGGAGACCCAAUGUACAGAAUCCUAAAUCCCAGGAGCCUGUUACGCUGGAUUUUCUAGAUGCCGAAUUGGAAAAUGAUAUUAAAGUUGAGAUUCGGAAAAAAAUGAUAGAUGGAGAAAGUGGAGAAAAAACAUUUGAAACACUGGUCAAGUCCCAAGAUGAGAGAUACAUUGAUAAAGGAAACAGAACAUAUACAUGGACUGCUGUGAAUGGUACUGAUUACAGUUUGGCAUUGGUGUUACCAUCAUACAGCUUUUAUUAUAUUAAAGCCAAAAUAGAAGAACCAAUAACUCAAGCCAGAUAUACAGAAACACUGAAGCUUGAGCAUUUUGAUGAAGCUGGCUAUACGUUUAUAGCACCAAGAGAAUACUGUAAUGAUGUAAAAAAAUCAGAAAACAACACUGAAUUUCUAUUAAAUUUCAAUGAAUUUAUUGACAGAAAUACUCCAAGCAGUCCGUCAUGUAAUACUGAUAUGGUCAUCAGAGUUUUGCUGGAUGCAGGAUUUACAAAUGAACUUGCCCAAAAUUAUUGGAGUAAACUGUCUCUUGAUGGAGUUGUUGCACAAUUUGUUGUUACAGAUGGUGGCAUUACUAGAGUCUUCCCCAAAAGGGCAGGAGAAGACUGGUUGGAAAAUGCUGAAACUUAUGAAGUCAGCUUCUAUAAACGGAGUUUAGAUAAUGACAACUAUAUUUUCACAGCCCCGUACUAUAACAAAAGUGGUGCCAAUAGCUAUGAAACAGGUAUUAUGGUAAGCAAGGCUGUGGAAAUAACAAUUAAUGGGAAGCUUCUGAAACCAGCAGUUGUUGGAAUAAAAAUUGAUGCAACCAGCUGGAUGGAAAAUUUCACAAAAACCACAAUCAAGAGCCUGUGCAACAGUGAAAUCUGUGGCUGUGAGAGAAACAGUAUGCAUGUGGACUGUGUUAUCCUUGACGAUGGUGGAUUUCUUUUGAUGUCAAAUCGGGAUGAAUAUACCCAACAGAUUGGAAGAUUCUUUGGUGAAAUUGAUCCUGGCCUGAUGCGAAACCUGAUUAACAUGUCCCUGUAUGCCUUUAACAAGUCGUAUGACUAUCAAUCAGUCUGCGAUCCUGAAGAAGAACCAAAGCAAGGAGCUGGACUUCGUUCUGCCUAUGUGCCUACAAUAACGGAUAUUUUGCAUCUAGGAUGGUGGGCUUCAGCAGCUGCCUGGUCUAUCUUACAGCAGCUGUUUUUGAGCUUGACUUUUCCACGUUUCCUUGAAGCAGCUGAUAUGGAAGAUGAUGAUUUCAGUGCUGCUCUGCCUAAAACAAGCUGUAUCACUGAGCAAACUCAGUAUUUCUUUGAAAAUGAUGAUAAAUCCUUUAGUGGGAUUGUAGACUGUAUAAACUGCUCCAGACUUUAUCAUGCAGAGAAGAUUUCAAACACCAAUCUAGUAUUCAUUAUUAGUGACAGCCAACUGCUGUGCCGCUCCUGUGACCCAAAGCCACUGAUGCAAGCGGAGAAGCCGGAUGAAGGGCCAAAUCCUUGUGAAAUGGUCAAACAACCUAGAUACAGAAAGGGUCCUGAUGUCUGUUUUGAUGAAGCCAAACAGGAAGAUUCGGCCGACUGCGGUGGUGUCUCUGGUCUGAGUCCAUCACUGUGGUCUAUGGUAGGAAUUCAGUUGGUCCUGCUUUGGCUGUUAUCUGGCAGCAGACACUGCCAGUUAUGACCUUGCUAAACCAAAACCUGCAUAACUUAAUCAAGACCCGGCCAAAACAAUAGCCUCAGUUUCAUUUUAAAAAGGGUCAGCUAUUCAGACAGCAGCAGAACAGCAGUGCUCGUGUCUGGUUAUCACUCGCUGUGAGACUCAUAAAGGCACCCACGGUGGCUGCAUGUUGGAGUGUCGGAUCCUUAAACGUGUGUGAAUGCUGCAUCAUCUAUGCCAUCCGAACAGAAUUCUGUACGUGCUCCAUUGGGGAAUCUAAGAUUAUUAUUUUGUUUGUUUGUUUGUUGUUGUAAUCUUGAUGACUUCAUGUAAAAGGGCUCCCCUAACAAUAGCUUAUGUAUAUGAUUUUCAUUUCUUUUAAGCUUUGGAUAUCUUGAAGAUUUAUAUUCUUUUACAUGAACAGUUACUUAAAA